GCGCUCUUAGUGUGGCUCGGUUGCGGCAAAGGGCAGCCAGGCGCUUCCACUACUGAGCGGGGGUCGCGGGGCCGUGUGAGAGGAGCCCCGUGUGUGUCUAUGCGUCUGUGUGUGUGUGUGUUGGCCGGCCUGGGCGAGCCCCUCGCGGGGUGACAGCGGGUCGCCAUGAACUUCGGAGGAGUUCCUUCGCAACCUGCGGCUCCUUUAUUGCGGCCCCUCGCAGAGGCGCGUGAGGAGGGCACGGCUGGGGCGCUCUCCCGCUUCCCUUUCGGAGGACUUUCCACUUCCUCCCCUUCCCCUCCUUGAAACUAACCACCCGAGCAACUGCAUCCAUAAUUGUGAGCCAGGGACAGGCAGCUCUCCUGGCCAAUCAGGCUCCGGUUUGUGCCCCGCCCCUCCUCUUCACUACCCAACGGAGAGGCGCAGCUUGUGGACCCGGAAGAGAGGGAGAAGCGGCGAGGAAGGAAUCCAGCGCAUGCGCAGACCUCAUCCACAAGGCGAUGAGAAAAUGGAGGCCGAUGGGGAAGCGGGGUGAACUACAUUUCCCGGCAGGCCUCUUUUUUGUGCGACUGAGCCUGCGUGGGAAUCAUUGCGGUUCGAGCGGGGGCAGCUCCGGUGCUUUUAAGGUUGGCUGAUCUUAAAAUCCGAGCACACCCAGCUGCAGAAAACAAAAGGGGGGAAGAAACGUGGAUCCCGACCCCUUGGAGAAGAGGAAGCUCUUGGAUGAGAUUGAGACGCACCCUCUCCUUCCACGCAUACCGAUUAUUCCCAGUGGCAUCUUCCAGUGGCAUAACCAAAGUCUUCCUUAAAUGCGAAUGACUUCUAUUAUUUCCAGACGAAGAAGUUGGAAGAAAAGGGCAAGUCAUGAAAGACAGUCUUUCCCCUCUACAUUGUGGCAAUCCAGGGAGGGAAGGAAAGGGGAAACCUUUGCAAGGAGGCACUUCCUUUAUUGCUUUCUUGGGAGGCUGAAUCUCCUUCUUCAGCCACUGCUUACUGAGCCAGGAUGAAAGAAUGGAUUUCGCUAUAGGAAGAAAGGAGGAGCUACUCCAAAACCACAGCGCUUUGUUGUCUUCCAGCUUUUCCACUGAUGACCAUUAAGUAUAGCUGUGGACCAACUGUGUAUGAUCAUGCACAUCUUGGGCAUGCUUGUUCCUAUGUCAGAUUUGAUAUAAUUAGAAGAAUAAUGACACGCUUAUUUGGAAAGGAAGUGGUCAUGGUGAUGGGAAUUACAGAUAUCGACGACAAAAUAAUUAAGAGAGCCAAUGAGAUGGGUAUAUCACCAUUGACUCUUGCCCGUUUUUAUGAGGAAGACUUCAAGCAGGAUAUGGCUGCCUUAAAGGUUCUUCCUCCUACGGUCUAUAUGAGAGUGACUGAAAAUAUUCCUCAGAUCAUUUCUUUUAUACAGAAGAUCAUUGCUAGUGGACAUUGCUAUGCAACCUCAAAAGGUAAUGUUUAUUUUGAUGUCCGUUCUAGGGGAGACAAAUAUGGAAAAUUGGCAAAUAUUUAUCCUGAUGCUCAAGAAGAACCAGUGGAUAGUGAUAAGUCCCACGUGAAGGAUUUUGCUCUAUGGAAGGCAGCCAAGCCUCAGGAGAUGUGCUGGGAUUCACCCUGGGGCAAAGGGCGGCCUGGCUGGCAUAUUGAAUGUUCAACCAUAUCCAGUUUAGUGUUUGGAGGACAUUUGGAUAUUCACACUGGUGGAAUAGAUCUUGCGUUUCCCCAUCAUGAAAAUGAAAUCGCUCAAUGUGAAGUUUAUCAUCAGUGUGACCAAUGGGCAAAUUAUUUUUUACAUUCUGGACAUCUUCAUGUUAAAGGGAGUGAAAAAAUGUCAAAAUCACUCAAAAACUACAUUACUAUUAAGGAUUUCUUGAAGGAGUUUUCAUCUGAUCAGUUUAGAAUGCUUUGUUUGCGGAGCAAAUAUAGGGCAGGUAUAGAAUACAGCGAUGACCACAUGAAUGAUGCAAAGAGCAUCCUUCAUAUAAUCUAUUCCUUUCUGAGUAGUGCGGACGCCUAUAUGAAAGGACAAUUUCUCUGUGAAGACAUUAGAGAAGACAUACUGUGGGAAAGGCUUGCUCACACUAAAGCCACCGUAAGGGCCGCCUGUGCGGAUGACUUUGACACCCCCAGGGCUGUUGGUGCAAUUAUGGACCUCAUUCACCAUGGCAACAGACAGCUUAAAGUUGUCACUAAGCAGGAAACUGGAUCUCCUCGAAGCGCCGUGGUGUUUGGAGCCAUUGUUUCCUAUAUAGUGGAAUUUCUUAAAACUGCUGGGAUCACCUUCUCUGAAGGAGAGGUCACUCCAGAAAACAAACAUUCAGCCAUUCUUAGCAGCGUGAUUGACGAAUUGGUAAGCUUCCGAACCAAAGUACGCAAUUUUGCACUUGCUGCACCUGAGGCAACUGGAGAUAUGUCCACUGAACAUGCUGUCCCAUCGAAAGAAGCAAAACAGCGACAGAAAGAGGAAAGACAGAGACUGUUGAAGGAGAGAGAGACCCUUCUGCAAGCAUGUGAUGGCCUGCGUCAAGACCUAUCUCUGUAUGGUAUCAUUAUAAAGGAUAGAAGCGCAACUUCUACAUGGGAACUCAGAGAACCAAGUAAAGAGCUGGAAAACAGCUAAUGUGUGUACAGAUGGAGUGUUUUAAAACAGAGAAUAAUCUUCCUUGAAUUAUUAGGCUUCAUAUUGAAGCAGCCGAAACAUUUCUUCUGAUUUUUGCUUUAAAAAUUGAAAUCCAGAAGCUUUGUCUAUUUUUUGGUAAAAAAAUUGUGUUCAGGAUGGCCAGAAUAGAGAACAGAUAAGAGAUCUGUUCAUCUAGAGCUAUUAUUUUUCCAGCUUUCUUUUUGAACAAUCUGUGGCCCUGUGUGCUUCACCACCUGCAUUAAUCAUAGAAUCAUAUUGUUGGAAGAGACUACAUGGGCCAUCCAGUCCAACCUCGUCAAGAAGCAGGAAAAUCACAUUCAAAGCGCCCCUGACAGGUGGACAUCCAGCAUCUUUUUAAAAGCCUCCAAAAAAGGAGCCCCCAUCACUGUCCAGGGCAGAGAGUUCCACUGCUGAACAGUUCUCAUAGUCAGGAGGUUCAGGUGGAAUCUCCUUUCCUGUAGUUUGCAACCAUUGUUCCGCGUCCUAGUCCCUGGGCAGCAGAAAACAAGCUUGUUCCUUCCUCCCUAUGACUUCCCCUCACAUGUUUAUACAUGGCUAUCAUGUCUCUGCCCAGCUUUUAAGCCGCUCCUCAUAGCGCUUGUUCUCCAGACCCUUGAUCAUUUUAGUCGCCCUUCUCUGGACAUAUUCCAGUCUCCCUUCAACUGCAGUGCCAAGAACUGGACACAGUAUUCCAGAUGUGGUCUGAAUAAGGCAGAAUAGAGGGGGAGCAUGACCUCCCUGGAUCCAGAUACUAAACUCCUUUUGUUGCAGGCCAAAUUUAAACUGUUUCAUCUCAAUCAUUCUUUAAAAAAAGUAAGCACAAUUUUAUAAUGAAACCAUAAUUGCUAGCUUUAGUGACACAAAAGGUGAGUUGCAUAUGUGGGUUUUAAUCUUCACCAUGGUAGUCUGCAACGUUCUCUGGAAAUGAUGCAUAUAGGGGUGGGUGGCAGUUUUGAUGUGCCUCUGAAGUGUUCAUGCCUCUUAAAAAGCAAAUUUGAGAACAGAACAUCUUAAAGAUUUAUUCUGAAGUGACAAGAAACAUCUGGGAGGCAGGAUGCUCAGCCAUAGAUCCUUCUAUAAGAAGUGCAAAGUUUGGCUGGCUAAUGUUAAUCUUAUGUCACACAAAUGUUUUACAAUAUCGUCUUUUCAGCACUUGCAGGUUCAAGGGUAUUGAGAAGCUUAAAAUAGCUGGCCUCAUACAGUCACUUUAAACAUUACAGAUUGGCCUCAAACAGAUCUCCAAAAAAUUCCUAAUGUUAAAAACUCAAACAUCCUUGAGAGACCUUUGAGUCAGAGCAACCCUUUCCAUUACUAACAAAAUACCGUUUUCUGGCUAUGAAUGAAGCCAUGUUCUGUAAGAACAGGUUCCAUACCUUUAACUGUGGUUUUCCCCUCAUACAAAGAAACCUUACAUAAUUGUAACUGCCAAACUCUAGUAACAUUUGAGGUUGAAAGUGCAAUUUUUAUUGCUUGGGAUGUAGAGCUGCAGCAGAUUGGGCACUGCUGAACCCUGCCUGUCUCCCAACAACAGCAAAACCCCAAACAGCUUUAAAAGACUGUAGAAAGGAGAGUAGAAAGCAGGAUUGAAGUCCUGCGGAAAACAUAAGGCUUGAAGGCCUUUAUCAGGAGAUGUACACAUCUCAUGUCUCUGUAUUUAUGCUCCCCCCCCCC